GAAGAGCUCCCCGGACCUAGACCCGUUUUGGGUUGACUGACACACGGCCCCGGAACCACCCAAAACACGCCCGAACAUAAAUUCUCCACCGCCCGGUCGCCGACGCUGUCGAUAAAAAAAGCCUCCUAUCACGCGAUGCUAUUUUCGGCCGGCCACGAGAUCUCACUUCAUGGCAUCUGCGAAAGCCCGUUCCCUACCUCACUUGGACCCGGGUGAGGUUUCCUUGUUGGAUCUCGCAGAAGAUGACCCCAGGGAUGCCGUGUCUUUCUCGGACAAGGAAGCGUUGAUCCUGCAACUAUAUCAUCAACUUCAGGAACAAGAGCUCGAAAAGGCACUUCUCGAGCAAGAUGCCGAACUACUGUCGGGGGAUGAUGCCGAAGAGCAGCUGGCCAUAGCAGAGCACGAGCUUCUAGAAGCCAGAGCCACUUACACCGUCAGGCGGAAGGCACUUGGAGCUGUUCUUAUGACAGACCCUACUCUCAGAGCUGUUCAUCUGAAAGCCACAUAUCCCGCUGAACAGACUCUUCUUCGUCUUAUUAAUAGACGUGAUGUGCUCUCGUUGGCGCAUGAGAACUUGAAUGCUGCUCUCAGCUCGACUCUUAAAAAAUUAUCCAACGCAGAGGUGGAAAAUCUGCAACUGCAUCACAAAAACAAAGCGCUUGUCCGAGAGCUACUAGAUCUGACGAAGAAUGACGAAUCUUGGAGGGAAGAAUUGGAUGAUAUGAGUAUUAAGAAACAACUAGAGCAAGUUAAAACAGAUCACCAACAAAGUAAAGCGAAAUGGGAAGCCAUGAAAAGUAUUACAAGCGCUAUCGUUGUCAGCAGUGGUGUGAAUUGGGCUGAAGAUGAAGAGCUUGUAGCUCUUGUGUUGGAUGAAUCUGACGAUUGAUGGCUUGAUGACGAUAGGUUUUCUGCUUCUUUUCUUUCUUUCCCGCUCCUUUCUUUUCUUCCCCAUAUUUUUGAAUCAUGCCAGGACUAUCUUGAAGGCGUUGGAUUGAUAUACCCAUUUGAAUACCUACUAGAAUAGAGAAUAAUAUGAUGUCGUUUCCGUCGUAUCUUGCGUGCUAUUCUUAUAAAAGGAGGCUGUUGGAGGUGAAGGUUACAGAUAAUAUUAUUUUUAUUUUGUUAUUUUUUUUUUU